AAAUUAAGGGGUGAAAGUUCAUUGAGGAGGAAGGCAUUGUUGUCAUCCUUGAUCGAGCCCCCACACCUCCUGGUGUCCCGGUCCGGCCGUGCCCCGCGGGUGCCCCGGAAAGAAGGGGCGGGGCGGGGGUCCGGAGGAGUCACGCGCCCCCUCCCGCCCCAGGUCGCCCUCUCAGCAUGGGAGUCCCCCGGCCUCGGCCCUGGGCGCUCGGUCUCCUGCUCUUGCUCCUUCCUGGGACUCUGCGCGCAGAGAGCCACCUCUCCCUCCUGUACCACCUCACGGCAGUGUCUCUGCCUUCCCCGGGGACGCCCGCCUUCUGGGUGACGGGCUGGCUGGGCCCUCAGCAGUACCUGAGCUACAACAACCUGCGGGCCCAGGCUGAGCCAUGUGGAGCUUGGGUCUGGGAAAACCAGGUGUCCUGGUACUGGGAGAAAGAGACUACAGACCUGAGAAUCAAGGAGAAGCUCUUUCUGGAAGCUUUCAAGGUCUUGAGGGAAAACGGUUCCCACACCCUGCAGGGCCUGCUGGGCUGUGAACUGGGCCCUGACAACGCGUCGGUGCCCACCGCCAAGUUCGCCCUGAAUGGUGAGGACUUCAUGACAUUCGACCUCAAGAAUGGCACCUGGAAUGGGGACUGGCCUGAGGCCCAGGCCAUCAGUCAGCAGUGGAGGCAGCAGGCAGAGGCGGCCAGCAAGGAGCUGACCUUCCUCCUCUACUCCUGUCCCCAGCGCCUGCUGGGGCACCUGGAGAGGGGCCGCGGCAACCUGGAGUGGAAGGAGCCACCCUCCAUGCGCCUGAAGGCCCAACCCAGCAGCCCUGGCUUUUCCAAGCUCACCUGCAGUGCCUUCUCCUUCUACCCCCCGGAGUUGCAAUUUCGAUUCCUACGGAAUGGUCUCGCAGCUGGCUCUGGAGAGGGUGACUCUGGCCCCAAUGGCGAUGGCUCCUUCCACGCCUGGUCAUCACUAAUAGUCAAAAGUGGUGAUGAGCACCACUAUCGCUGCCUUGUGCAGCAUGCAGGGCUGGCACAGCCCCUCACUGUGGAGCUGGAAUCACCGGCCAAGUCCUCAGUGCGUGUGGCUGGAAUCUUCAUCGGCUUCUUGCUGCUCACGGUAGUGGCUGCAGGAGGAGUGCUGCUGUGGAGGAGGAUGAGGAAUGGGAUGCCAGCCCCUUGGAUCUCUCUCCGUGGGGAUGACGCCGGGGCCCUCCUGCCCACGCCUGGCCUGCCCGAGGACGCCGACUCUCAGGAUAUAAGUGCAUUCCCAGCAACUGCCUGACCAUCCCCUGUUCUGACUGCUAAUAGCUAAUGUAGUCAGGUCUCUUUUGUGCUGUGAGACCCUCUGGAAUCCUGGCAUCUCUGAGCCUCCAGGAGUCCUGGGCCCUGUUGUCUCCCUCUGGAUCCCUCCUCCUGUGGUCUGCCUCAGUUUCCCUUCCUAAUAUAUAUGGCUCUUUUCCACCUCUACAAUAUAACAUGAGUUUGGGCCCAAA